AUGGCGUGCAAGUCAACAGGCGGGAAGGCACCCGGCAAGCAGCUGGCCACCAAGGCGGCCCGCAAAAACACACAAGCCAUGGGUGGCGUAAAGAAGCUGCACCACUACCAGCCUGACACCGUGGCACAAUGUGAGAUCCGCAAGCUGCCAUUCCAGUGUCUGGUGCGCAAGAUAUUGAAGGAUUUCAAGACCGACCUGUGCUCUCAGAGCUCGGCCGCCAUGGCGCUGCAGGAAGUAUAUGAUGCCUAUCUGGUGGGGUUAUUUGAGGACACCAACCUUUGCGCAUUCCCUGCCAAGCGCAUCACCAUUAUGCCCAAGGAAAUCCAGCUGGUGUGCCACAUCUGCGUAGAGAGAGCAUAA